GUUAAAUAAAGGUAAAAAAAUUAAAUUAAAUUAAAACUAUGGGCUGGUAUAGAGAGGAUACUGACAGAGCGCAGGGUCCAGCCAAUAGGGGUCCCCAAGCCGAGCCUGAGAGUGCCGUUUUGACCAUGUCCCGAGUGCUCAUGUUACGGAGUCCCUCCAGGAAUCUGAGGCGUGGGGUGUGUUCCCAACUACACUGCACCCUUUGUGUUCCCCCCGUCAGCCCCACAGGGCAGGUGCAACAGCUGAGCGGAGAGGAGAGGAGAGGAGAGAAGGAACAGAGGAGAGAAGGAGAGGAGAGGGCAACUGCUGCACCACCAGCUACGUCGAAAGGCUUAAAGAGCUCCCUCUCGACCGUGACCUCUUCAUUUAAUUAGAUCCAUGCGAGUUUAACAUUUACUACUUCACAAUUGGCUCUGGAAAAACAUUGAUCCAAUGUACAAUACAUACUCAGAGAAAUACUUUAAGAGUGCUGCCUGGGGUGGACUGUUAUUGCAUGGUCACCAUUGGCAAAUUCAGACGAGCAGUGUUUCUCUGUAUGGGACACUAACAGAGCCACUAAAAAGUUGACUUGUCUGGACUGACUGCCACAAGAGAUGGAGGUUCUCAACAACAGUCAUACAACCACAACAAAACCCAUGGCAGCGCUUCGAAUCUAACGUGUGCCUCACCAUUGACCUUGAUAGGCUUGGUUUCUGAGCUUGAACUAUUACCAAUCAUUAGUUCUGAAAGAGACAUGAGGGGGGGGGCAUAAUGAAGCUUGGGAGGCGCUGAGUACAGGGAACAUGGUCACAUGUGGCAGUACUGAUAAGAGGAGGAACCAUUUAAGGACAAUUUCACUCAGCUCCCUGCCUAGCAAUAACGAUGCAAUGUGUAGCGAUAAGGAGGAGACUCCACCCAAAGUGGGGUUUGUAUACUACCAUGGCUGAAGCCAUGUCUUUGUCUGAAUGCAGUUGUAUUGACCCUCUGGGCAGAAUUAUCUUGGUUUUAAAGCUUUCAUUGUCUCCGUUGAGUUUGUGCUCUGAAAAUUAGAGCCUAACAACCUGAAACACGACACUUCACAAACAUGCCGCAAUGCCAUGGCAUGCGACCACUCUCCCCACCCAGCCGUGCCUGCCAGACCUGGUAUGCAGACAGCUGUCCUACGACGACAGCGCACAUACACGCCUCGCUGGGGCAAAUGAAAACUUUAAAGAGCUCCAACAGGACAGCUGUGUGUGAGAGUGUGUGUGGUGUGGUGUACAUUUCCCUGUCCACUUACCAGCUCUCUCAUUUCACUGGUAGAGGACUGAGGGACUCAAGGAUAUCUUCCAAUCCAGCGCUGCCAGACAGCCACAGAGCAGUACUACUGUAGACAGCCUGUAUCAAUAUCAAUUCAGCUGAGGUGUGAUUAUUGCUGGUUGAAAACUCGGAUCAGAUCAACCUAUCAUCUGCACCAGAUACCCAACACCCAGUGAGUCAGUGUUGCUGUAGUUAGCCACCAUGGGAGCCUACAUUGCCAAGAUGCUGCUGCCCACCGUUAGUAGCCUGGUGUUCCUGCCUGCAGCCAGCGUGGCCACCAAGAGAGGCUUCCACAUGGAGGCCAUGGUCUACUUCUUCACCAUGUUCUUCACCACGAUUUACCAUGCGUGUGAUGGGCCAGGCCUCUCCAUCAUAUGUUUCAUGAAGUAUGAGAUCCUGGAGUACUUCAGCGUGUACGGAACAGCCAUCUCCAUCUGGGUCACACUGAUAGCUUUAGGGGAUUUUGAUGAGCCAAAGCGUUCUACUCUGACCAUGUUUGGGGUUUUGACCUGUGCUGUGAGGAUCUACCAGGACCGCUGGGGCUAUGGGAUCUACUCUGGACCAAUAGGAUCAGCAGUAUUCAUAAUCACUGUCAAAUGGUUACAGAAAAUGAAAGAGACAAGGGGCCUCUACCCCGAGAAGAGAGUAUAUACUCAACAGGUGGGACCAGGAUGCUGCUUCGGUGCCCUGGCUCUGAUGCUCCGCUUCUACUUCGAGGAGUGGGACUACGCCUAUGUCCACAGUUUCUACCACCUGUCUAUGGCGGUGUCCUUUGUCUUGCUGCUACCCAAAAAGAACCGCUACGCGGGGACCGACGGCAACCCCGCCAAGCUCAGCUGCUACACGCUCCUCUGCUGCACACCAUUUCCUGCUUCUACGAAGGAGAAGAAGGACAAGAAGAAGACCCCGUCUCGAACCAUUUGGACCAUUCCCACUGAGCGGCCGUGGACACGGGCCUGCAACUCACCAACUCUCCCUCUGUACAACCCACCUAGUACACCUGUUAAGAAAGCACUGGACAUCACUACAUCUGUUAAGAAAGGAUGGGAGAUCAUCAACACUACACCUGUUAAGAAAGCACUGGACAUCAACACUACACCUGUUAAGAAAGCACUGGACAUCAACACUACACCUGAUAAGAAAGCACUGGACAUCAACACUACACCUGUUAAGAAAGCACUGGACAUCAACACUACACCUGAUAAGAAAGCACUGGACAUCAACACUACACCUGUUAAGAAAGCACUGGACAUCAACACUACACCUGAUAAGAAAGCACUGGAUUUCACUACGCCUGUUAAGAAAGGAUGGGAGAUCAUCAGUACUACACCUGUUAAGAAAGGACUGGACAACAGCACUAAAACUGUUAAGAGAGCACUGGACUUCAGCAGCACUAAACCAGUUGAGAAGGGACUGGACAUCAGACUAGAUAUUAGCAGCACUAAACCUGUUCACAAAGGACUGGACAUCAGCAAGCUCAAAGAACAGAAUGGGUGGAAGUGACCCCACAAGACAGAUAAACUUUUAUGAGUCAGUUGGUCUUGGUGAUGUCCAGAGAAAAAUGCAAAUAGAGAGAGAACGAUGUCAUACAAUACGGGGUUACAGGAACACAGACAUCAUCCACGAAGGUCAAGCCCUGGCCUGUGCCCCCAGGGAGACAAAGAGUAUGGCUGUCUCUUCUGUCUGUACAGAAAACAGGAGAGAAGCCCUUUACUUCAAAACAUGAGGAGAGUGACAGGGAGAAGGGUUCCUGAGGCAAGCCAGUAAAACUGACUGGAAAAUUUGUGAGUAGCACAGGCGGCAGACAUUUUCUCUCUCCAAGAUGAAUAAAUUGUCUUUCAAAUGUUUCUCAGGAGGGACCUUUCGUCUGCUGCUCUCUCUCUCUGAGAAAGGAACUAUGCAGUUAAAUUCAGUUAUGAAAAUUACAAGAUUGUAAAAGCACAUUUUACUCGCUUUAUAUAUCCCCUAGGUGCCAAACAUGUCAUCUGGUGCAUCAGACAUUUGAGUGCAGCAGAAUCCGGUCCAGACACUAGACUGUAAACCAACUGCAGUGUUUUAGAAUGUUUAGAAUGAGGUGGCAGGUAUUUAUUCCAAUAUAUUGGAGUGACCAAGCAACUUCGACUUUGUAUCCUUCCUUUUCAGCCUCACUCUCGCUAAGCGUUUUCAUGAUGAACUUUACAUAAUGCUUAUUUAUUGCAAUGGGAAGGGUUUUAUUUAACCGUGAUGGUUUCACUAUAAUGUAUGUAAUUAUUUUUCAAAUAAAUAUUUGAAAAAUC